UCCUCGCGAGACCGUGCGUGUAGCCUUCUCGGCCAGACCGAGGUCAGUCAGGGUCCUGCUCUUAGUCAGGACACUCCGGAGAACAUCUUCGAGAGGAUCAGCCGGACAGCCGUUGUCUAUCGACAACCCUUGUCUUAACGAUCUAUUUUUUCGUUACCUCGGAACAUUCGUUGCACGGUAUCGUCGCGAACGAUCGAUAUCGAUCGCGAGACCGUCCGCGGGAGGCGAGUGCCGCGCGACCGCGGCUCAAGGGAAGUGUUCCGCGUCUCGAUCCCGAUAACGAAAGGAAGAAAAACAUUUUUCGGUCUGUGGAUUUGUGUGGAAGGUUUGUGCGCGAACCGCGGGGAACUGUAAACUUUGGUGCAAGAUACUCGCGGUGGAAUUACCUCGUUCCUCUCCAUGAGCAGUCGGAAGCUUUGACGCAACGAUCGAUCGACCAGCAAAACGCGAUGUGCGAAGCGGUACCGCGGACUUGGUACACGAAACCAGAACUUCACUGCAACGGCGUUGGGGUUCCAGCGGGGGCGUUGUCACCCCCCGCCACGCUUUCACCACCCAGCAGUCCGAGCGUGACUCUGCCGCCUUCGCCUUGGAGUCCUGGCGCGACAGGAAACACCAACAGCACCGCGACGUCGUCCCAUCGUUCCUUGGUUUGUUCCUCGAGUCUCAAUCAACCAUCCUCGGAUCGAUUCAGCGCUUUCACUCUCGUCUCUGCGUACAAUCCUGACACGAGACUUCAAACUUUGCCCUCGACGACCAUCGCCGCCACACGAGAACUACGGUGUGGUCUAAUGUACGGUGGUUAUGGGUCGGCGGGAGCUACCUGGUGGGCUCGACACGUGAGCCUCUUACUACCCCAUUCCUUGCUACCAUCCGCGAGAAUACCUACUCAACAAACCACGCCUGUCGCCAAUUGUUCGCCUAUUCAUCUAGAACCUCUCAGCCCAUCCAGAUCUGGCUCGCCAAGAAGAUGCACCCCCGAAAAGACUAAAUUCGAAGAAGAGGCGCCGCUGAAUUUGAGCACCAAACCCGGCGACGUUUUGUCCAGUGUCGAGCGAAAAAGUAAAAUUUGGUCACCGGGGACAGUUUGCGAGAGGGAAGCAAAAGAGAUCAGAGUCCCAUCUUCGAGUCCAUCUUUAACACCUGUUGUCACUCGACAGAUUCACCAUUCACCCUUGACACCACCCUCCUCGUCGGAAAGGACUUUCCAGUGCAAACAGUGUGGGAAGGCUUUCAAGCGAUCGAGCACGCUCAGCACCCAUCUUCUGAUCCAUUCCGACACCAGACCGUAUCCUUGUCAAUAUUGCGGCAAGAGGUUUCAUCAGAAGUCGGACAUGAAGAAGCACACGUACAUUCAUACCGGCGAGAAGCCGCACAAGUGCGUGGUGUGUGGCAAGGCGUUCUCUCAGAGCAGCAAUCUGAUCACCCAUAUGAGGAAGCACACUGGUUACAAGCCGUUCCAGUGUGGGCUGUGCGACAAGGCGUUCCAGAGGAAGGUGGACCUAAGAAGACAUCGCGAAGGGCAGCAUCCAGCGGCGCCGGCGCUCGACUAUCGCUCCCUUCAGCUACCCUCCCAAUCCACAAACGUCCCACACUCGCCCACUCUCCAAUCACCCUCCGCUUAUCACAUGAUACCCAUACCCGGAAAUAGUUGAGACUCUUUCACGGUCACCGUCCGUCCAUAUCUCUUCGUCUUUCAGCAGCCGAUUGCGUGCUAUUCGAUCGUCGUUAAAAACGGAACGCAAGACAAUCGAGAAGAAACGGAGUCGCGACGAGUCGAGGGUUUCCAAAAUCCAUACGUGGGUGUAAGUAUCGAAUGCGAUUUUAAUAAGACACGCUGGCGGCUAGAUUCGAUCUUCCUGUUUACGAAGACGCAGCGUCACGAGGGCGGAAACUCAAGAAGUUUUUAAAUAUUUAUAAUUCAUUUUUCAUCGGUGUUUUAAAACACGACAUUUAUCGAGUCGAGUGGUUGCAAGGCACUUUGAUUCCUCUCCCCCUUUUUUUUAUCCGUUCAAAUGAAUUAGAUCUUAUGUGUGAAAGCAAAUAGUGGAUGUUUCCGAGAAUCGCGGGAAAACACGGACGUGUACACUCAUAUACGAAGAUAUUCGACCGCUCACGUUUAUAACUUUCAACUAAUUAAAUACAUGCGUGUGUCUGUGUGUGGUAAACUGAAGCAUUUGAUUAGAACGACACGUACAACUAUGGAUCUUAAAACCGCGUAAGUAAAAUCAGAAAAUAAUUCAAUAAAUAUUUAAUAGUAUUUAAAUUAAAUAAUUGUGUUUAAUAGGAAGUAGUGAGCCCACUGUUUGCUUCUAUGACAGCUUUUAUUUUCCCAUCAAGUGGAAUAACUUGGAAGUAACAUUUACAUCUAUCGAUUACCAUGUUUCAUUAAUAUCUCUUUUUAACUUCUGCUACGUGUUUACAGUAUUUUCUAAUUUCUCUUGUGUAGUCUUAGGAUCUUGUAUUAUAUAUUAAAUACUUCAAUUUGGCAUACAGCCGUGUGAACAUGUUUUCAGAACUUCUUUCCACGUUGCAACAAAUAAAUAACAUUUCGGUUUUCAAUCGGUUUAUUUAUGGUCAUUGACGAGGGAACAAGAUUAGGCGUUUUAGAUAGAGAAUCUUCAACCGUCCAUUAUUACUGUACUUUCAGUAUUGUACAUACAUGUGUACUGUAUACAGGAUACGGUUGAAUAACACGUACAAAUGAAUGGAAGAGGAUGAUUCUUUAUGACAAAAAUAAGAAAAAAGAAAAAAAGAAAAUUAUUUUUAUUAUAAAUUUGAUUCUCCUCUUUUUUCUCAUUUUUCUCAUAAGGUACGACUUUUCAAUCGCUUGUACUUGUUAUUCAGCCGCAACUUGUAUACAGAGUAAAGUAGCUAAACGGGAACACCUAAAUAUGGGGUGUUGGUUGAUAACUAAAAUUCAUUAAGAACUCCGGUCCUAUAAAAUAUGUUUGGGACAAGGAUUAAUGAAACCAAUCAUAAAAUAAAUUUACUCUACUUGAAACGUACAUAUUUAUUUUUCUAUGUAAUCACUAUUUAGUGCAACACAUUUUUCCAAAUAUCCAUGAAGAAACAUUUGGGUUUAUGGGAAAUGUUUAUUUUUCAAUAGCUCGUUUAAGUUUGGAAACAGCUAAAAGUCUGAUUGUGCAGAAGUAUGAAUUUAAAUUUAGAAAAAUUGAAUUUAGAGUGCAAAAUGUGUAUAGUUACACGAGCCCCUCAAAAUAGCAUAAUUUUAUCUUAAGCAAUUUUAAAUAACAAAGUUAGGUGUUUCCGUUUAAACGCUACGUUCAGUAUACACACUUAUAUGUAGAUACAUUUAAAAAAAAAUAUAUGUAUAUAUAUAUACGCGUUAAUGUAGAGGCAAAGAUGUGUGUGUGUGUGUGUGUGUGUGUGAUAGUGCGUGUAGUGUGCAAAUACACGCGUGAAUGUAACUACGAGGAGAUAGAAUAAUCGGUCCAUCACACAAUUAAAACGUUUAAAAUAAUUCGGUGGUUUGCAACACUGAUUAUAUAUUUACACCCAACAGAAGCUAACACUAAAUCUACCGACACUUCAUGUUUACCCAUUCCUACCAAGAGGAAUUGCUGAAACUUCUUUAAGUAUAUAGAGUCAAAGUAAAUGUCAAAAUAAACAUAGAAGACAGCAUAAAAUAUAAUUAGUUGGUAUAGUCAUUGGAUAGAGAAUGA